GGACGAAGCAGAAUCUAGCUACAAGCUUAGCAGGAGACCUGACAGCCCAAAUAACGAGUGAGUGUCUCGGAGACACAGGACCUUCGCUGUAGUCGUCAGGCUACAAUCUGCUAAAAUGACAGAGCUAAGGCACCGUGGGACCAAAGACACGGACCCGACGUUACAGCAGCAGCCGUCAGAGGACAAGGGUUCAGACAGUGAGCUGAAGGUGGAAAAAGAUGGGGCGUCAGACGGCGAGUCCAAGGUGGAUUCAGGGGUCCCAGAGGUGCCAGUUCCUCCUGAUGACACCCCUGUGGUUCUAAACAAGGCCCUGUCCGGACUCUCCUCAAGAUGGAAGAACUGGUGGGUACGAGGCAUCCUCACGCUAGCCAUGAUCUCCUUCUUCUUCUUCAUCAUCUACCUUGGCCCCAUGGUGCUUAUGAUGAUUGUCCUCUGUGUUCAGAUCAAGUGCUUCCAAGAAAUCAUCACCAUCGGCUACAGUGUGUACCACUCCUACCACCUGCCCUGGUUCAGGACGUUGAGCUGGUACUUCCUGCUGUGUGUGAACUACUUCUUCUAUGGCGAGACGGUGACAGACUACUUCUUCACACUGGUGCAAAGAGAGGAGCCACUUCGCAUCCUCAGCAAAUACCACCGCUUUAUCUCCUUUGCCCUCUACCUCACAGGAUUCUGCAUGUUUGUGCUGAGUUUGGUGAAGAAGCACUACCGCCUUCAGUUCUACAUGUUUGGCUGGACUCAUGUGACCCUGCUGAUUGUGGUGACUCAGUCUCACCUCAUCAUUCACAACCUCUUUGAAGGAAUGAUCUGGUUCAUCGUGCCAAUUUCCUGUGUGAUCUGUAAUGACAUCAUGGCCUACAUGUUUGGUUUCUUCUUUGGCCGCACCCCUCUCAUCAAGCUGUCACCUAAGAAAACAUGGGAGGGAUUCAUUGGUGGAUUGUUCUCCACCAUUGUGUUUGGCAUCAUGCUCUCCUAUGUAAUGGCCGGCUACCGCUACUUUGUGUGCCCGGUGGAAUUCAACAACGACUCCAAUAGUUUCCAGGUGGACUGUGAGCCAUCGGAUCUUUUCCAGCUCCAGGACUACGCCCUGCCCAGCAUCCUGGAGUCUGUCACUGGAUGCACUACUGUGCGCCUCUAUCCGUUCCAGAUCCACAGCAUUGCUCUCUCCUCCUUUGCCUCCAUCGUGGGACCAUUCGGUGGCUUCUUUGCCAGCGGCUUCAAAAGAGCCUUCAAGAUCAAGGAUUUUGCCAACACUAUCCCAGGUCACGGUGGCAUUAUGGACAGAUUCGACUGCCAGUACCUCAUGGCCACAUUUGUUAAUGUAUACAUUGCCAGCUUCAUCAGGGGCCCCAACCCCAGCAAGGUGAUCCAGCAGCUCCUGGCCCUCCGUGCCGAUCAGCAGCUCCACAUCUUUAACUCCCUGAAGGCACACCUGACAGAGAAGGGCCUGCUGCCAGCGCUGGAGGAGGCGGCCGCCUAGAGCCACCGGCACUCACACCGGCUCGCCCUUAGAGGGAGACCAGAGAGGAAGGCAGUACCCGAGGGCCCUGCGCAGUUCCGGAGCUCUGGGAGACUCGCAGUGCUUUGCGUGAGCGAAAAACAAAACAAAGAAAACUACAAAAAACUCCAGCCUUGGGUCAUUCCAUUUCGUUUGGGUACGAGAGUCGAGUGUCUUUGUGUUCUUACAGUCUGUGAAUCAUGUUUCUGAACACCAGUGUUUUCAGGUUGAGUUAGUGAAUUACUGUACUGUUCCACAUUUCCAUUAUAGCCAACUCGUAUCUAUUCACACUGUUGAACAAAAUGUUGGUCAGCUGUACAUUUUUACCUGUAUACAGAUUAUCCUCUAUAUACCUAUUAAUGUGUGUUAAUAUUUUAUUGUACAUUUUUGUUUAGUUUUAAUGCACUGCUCUCAACCCUGUUACUCACUGUAUUGUUACCCCAGCUGCACCCUCUCCCCAAAUUUAAGUUUUAAUUUUCUUUGUUGUGAUUGUUUCUAUUUAUACAUAGAUGGUUUUUAUAUUUGGUAUGUUCUAUUAUAUCUUAAUGUUGUGUCUGUUUUAUUCAGACUGAAUUCACUUUUGCCAUCUGCCAUGUGCAUUUCUGUGUGCGUGUGUCCUGUUUUUGCUGCCAUUCAUCUGUUCAAAGCCUCUCUCGCUCAGCCAAAUCAUUGACAUCACAGUGUCAUGUAAUAUCAGGCGGUAAUAGUAGUUACCCUGAAGUGUUUGACAGGAUCAGCGUCUCUUUCAAAUACAGAAUCCAAUCUGUGAGCGAACUGUUUGUUGGUUUUGUGCUGUGAGGAGCGGUUAGCGACACACCAUACAAAGUAGUGUUUUAUAAUGAGUCAAGUGCAAUGGACACCAGCACACAUUUCAGCUUAAUAACCACAAUUGCCCCUCACAUGGUUGAUAUCUAAUGGCAAAAGCAGAAAGGCUCUCAGAGGUAGAACACAAUCACAUUUUAUUGUUUGGUUUAAGUGAGUCGUUCUGUGUUCAUACCUUUUAUCUCCGUCAUGGAGCUGUUACAGGUUUUAAACGUGCAGUAAGGUGGUAGGAUGGUUGCAUUAUGGCUUCUGUCUGUGACAUUGUUGGGUUGGACAGUACAAGUAGGACACAACAACGAUUUUUACCUCGCCAAUAUCUGCUUGUGUGUGUUGCAACCUUGCCACGUUCACAGCUUCAGAGCAGAGAGCCAGAAUAUAUGACUAUCACUGGUUGACUUGACCCCUGUGUGACAGCAGUUGUGAUCUUACACAUGUGAUGUUCAGGUUGUCUGCCAAUACAGUUAACUGCUGUAUACACAGUGAUAUUUAUACCACUGGCAAAUGUUUGUUUGAUUUGGUGGUAAAAUAUAAAAACUAAAGAUUCUCAAGU